AUGGCAAAUUCUGUGAUUCUUCGUUCUACAUUUCUUCUUGUAUUCCUGUCUGCCUCUUUUGUCAUUCAGGUUGCUCAUGCUGGUGGAGAAGGAUCACUUCGCCCAGAAGAAUGUGCUGGGGCAUGUGACUAUCGAUGUUCAGAUACACAGUACAAGAAGGCAUGUUUGACUUUCUGCAAUAAAUGUUGCCUGAAGUGUUUAUGUGUGCCUUCAGGAACAUAUGGUCACAAGGAAGAGUGUCCUUGCUAUAACAAUUGGAAGACCAAGGAAGGAGGGCCCAAGUGCCCUUAA